AUGAGGAGUCCUCUUGAUCACCGGGCUUGCUUAGUGCUUGCUUUCGCGCUAUGUCUCUGUCGGGCGAGCGAAACUGCCUUCAGCGUCAACGACGACCUGUUCGCAUUUCCUCAGUAUAGCAUUGAAUUCCCAAAAUCAUACAUACUCGACACAGAUGCCACAGACCUGCUGGACCGGCGGCCGAGGCAAGGAACAGCUGGUGAUCCACAGUCAGUGCAGGCAUAUCUGAAGGAUGUCUCCACGAGCAUCAACCCGGAGGCGAAAGAUGGCUCCAUAGCAGAAGACUCAAUGCAGCUGGGCUCUUAUGAACGCCUAUUUCUCCAUGGAUAUCCCCAUCUGUGCUUUAUCCCGGAAGUGAAAGAGGCGGUUGACAAUCGGACUACUCCAGAACCGUCCGCGGCAGAUCGUGAGAAUGACUUGGACAAGGCCGUUGCAAGGGCGUCGCAGUUGCUACAGGGCAUGGCCUCGAAUCAAUGCCUAUACUACUCUACAGGAUGGUGGACCUAUUCAUUCUGCUACAACUCCCAGGUAACCCAAUUUCACGCUCUCCCACCAGGCACCAAUGGAAGGAUAUGGCCACCGCAGGAAGACCCCACUACGCCUAGCUACGUCUUAGGCAAAUUUAAACCUCAGAAACCGGAGGAUUCAAGACUACAGUCCGGUACUGACAAGGCGCUCUCUACUGAAGUCAAGUCAAAAGCCGAGACCAACUACCUGGUGCAGCGGCUGGAAGGAGGGACACCCUGUGACCUCACGGGUAAUGACCGCAGGAUCGAGGUGCAAUUCCACUGCAACCCGCAACUAACCGACCGGAUUGGCUGGAUCAAGGAGACUGCCACUUGCGCCUACCUCAUGAUCAUUUACACGCCGCGACUUUGCAACGAUGUCGCCUUUCAGCCGCCAAAAGAGAGUCGAGCUCAUCCCAUUACUUGCCGAGAGAUCAUCUUAGAAGACGAUGUACUAGCGUGGGAAGCGCGUCAUGAUGAGGAGAGCUCUCGGCAGGCACUGGGUCAAGGGCAACCUCAGCAGAUCGUGCUGGGCAACGUGGAGGUGGGUGCCAUGAAACUCGUAGGUCGCGAGGGCAAGAGACUCGAGAGAGGGCGCAUUGUCCUGACCAAAGAUGAAAAAGCCGAAACGGUUAUCAUGCAGAGAAAAGGGGAGAUAUCUGGCAUGUCCAAGACGGAGCUUGAGAAACUUGAUCUGAGCCCAGAGGAUGUUGAUGCGUUUCGCAAGGAGCUGCAGAAGUUGGCCGGCUCAAAGGAUUGGAAGAUUGAGAGGCUGGACGAUGUCAAUGGGCACAUUCAACUCAGAGGUGUGGUGGCCACGGAUGACGACGAAGAGGACAACGAGCAGGAGGAAGGCAAGCCUCCAUCGCAAGAGAACGAUGAAGCAGCAGGCAGUCAGGAAGAAUAUGCUAGAGAGAUUUAA